CCUCGUGACACCCGUAGUUUCCCGGCAACACAAAACGUUUGUGUAUGAAUACACAGGGUCUGCUACUUUCCUGCUGGUGUCGGAAGAACAAAAGCUGCACUUUUAAAUAACUCCAAUGUCUUCUUAAGGUUUAUUUUGGCAUAUUUCUCACACACGUUUGUUUUCUAAAAUCGGUAUUGCUAAUUCUCAACAAUAUGGAAACCCUGACUUUGCCCUAUGUAAAAACGGACACCCGGUACAGGCUGAACUUGGAAAAUAGACGCAAAAACAUUUUUGUAACUCAGUUAGAAGAACCCAGAGAUGCAGAUGAGGAAAAUAUCAAUCAUAUCCCAGUCAUCAAAGAGGCUGCCAGCAGGAUCUUGGAGACUGGGGUGAACACCCUACAGAGAACUCUGGUGGUCAGAAAGGCGGUGGAAGUGGAAGAGGUUAACAAACAACUUGAAGCUAAACGGCAGGAGUUCAGCGAUCGCAUGAAGGCGCUGGAACAGAGGAGAGCAGAGUUUGAGCAGAAACAGAAAGCUAGCAAAGGAAGGGCUCAAAAGUUUGACAGGUUCCUCAGGGACAAUGAUGCCAAGCGCAGGAGAGCCAUCAAGAAAUUCCAGUUAGAGGUGAAGCAGAACCAACAGAAAGAGAGGGAGAUACAGGACCUCAUGCAGCAGCUGGAGAAGCUCCUAGCCAGGAAGAACAGGUUACAGAAGAGGGUGUCGAAUAACAAAAUUUAUGAGGAUUACUUGCUGAAGAUUACUGACCAGCUGCCUGAGAACUACCUGGAGUAUGGGGCAGACUCCCUGGUUAUGCCUAUAAUCAGGAGGCACGAGACCCUGUCGAUCACCAAUGAGUCUCUAAUUCACCGGAUCAGCAGCCUGUCGGAUGAGCUGGAGAGCAGCCAGCACCGGCUUGAGACUCUGCAACAGGAGCAUGAUACUGCCAAUCUGAUGGCUAACGGUGAGCUUUCUGAACUUCAAAUGGAAUGGGACAGGGCAAAGGAGAGAUCCAAACAGCUGGAAAUGAAGCUGAACCUGAACCAAGGACUUGCCAGAAACCAGAGCGAAGAAUUUGGCAGCCUGCUCAUGGCUAUUACUAACCUGGCAGAUCAGUGCUACUUACGACACUAUGGACCACUAGAGGAGAUUAACAUAUUGACAAAACUAGACAUGAUCAAGGAAUUCAUUUUAGAAAAGUCAGAUGUUCAGAGAAAGGCAACCUGUCAGACUGAGUCUGCCUCAGCAAUAGCCAGCACUACAGACCUGCCUGAAAAUAAGAAAAGAGGAGCCAGACUGCAGAGGUCUAAACAAAGCUGCAAAUGAAAUGUGUCAGACCUGAAAACGUAAAGACAGCAUGCAAAGCAUAAGUCUUUAAGGAAGCAGCAAUCAAGUCUCAAAGCAGAUGAUGCAGGACCAGUCAUCCUGAAAUACAGCGAAGUGGGCUCUUUCACAAAACCUGUUCCCUAGGUUAAACAGUGCUUUGAAAAAAGUGAAAACAUAAAUUAAGAAACCCUCUUAAAAGUUUUCGCAAAGUGCAAAAUGGGCUUUACAAAACAUUCUUUAAAAUGGUAUGUAAUGUCACUGCAUUUAAGAAAAUUACUGAAAAUGCCCUUAAACUUGUCAAAAUGUUUGUAUUUUCUUUGGGAAAGCCACAUGCAGUAGUACAUUUAAAUACUUUUUUUUUUUUUU